AAAGGACCGAGCCUCUCGCGCUUGCGCACUGAGUCCCGUGCAGGGCGCGCACCCCCCCCACCUUCUCCGGGGGUCCCCCGGAGCUAGAACCCUUCUUCUUCUUCAUUAUUUGGUCGGUCGGGCGUCCACGGGCGUGGACAUGCCGGAGAUCAGCCUCCGCCACGUCGUGUCCUGCAGCAGCCAGGACUCGACCCAUCGUGCCGAAAACCUUCUCAAGGCUGACACUUACCGGAAGUGGCGGUCAGCCAAGGCAGGAGAGAAGACCAUCUCUGUGGUCCUACAGUUGGAGAAGGAGGAACGGAUCCACAGCGUGGACAUUGGGAACGAUGGGUCGGCCUUCGUGGAGGUGCUGGUGGGCAGCUCGGCUGGAGGGGCCACGGCGGGUGAACAGGACUACGAGGUCCUUCUGGUCACCUCCUCUUUCAUGUCCCCAUCUGAGAGCCGAAGUGGCUCGAAUCCCAACCGUGUUCGAAUUUUUGGACCUGACAAGUUAGUCCGGGCAGCAGCGGAGAAGCGCUGGGACCGAGUUAAAAUCGUGUGCAGCCAGCCAUACAGCAAGGACUCACCCUACGGCCUGAGUUUUGUGAAGUUUCACAGCCCCCCAGACAAAGAUGAGGCGGAGGCUCCAUCUCAGAAGGUGACAGUGACCAAGCUCGGCCAGUUCCGUGUGAAAGAGGAGGAUGACAGUGCCAACUCCCUGAGGCCAGGGGCGCUCUUCUUCAAUCGGAUCAACAAGGCGUCUUCAGCCUCUGCAAGUGACCCGGCAGGACCCAGCUAUGCAGCGGCUACACUGCAGGCCUCUAGUGCGGCCUCCUCAGCCUCUCCAGUCCCCAAGGUUGGGGGCAGCUCUUCCAAGCUUCAGGAGCCUCCCAAAGGGAAGAGGAAACUGGACUUGGGUCUAGAAGAUAAGAAGCCUUCUCCUCCGAGCAAACCCUCAGCAGGGCCACCCGCCCCCAAGAAACCCAAGUUGCCUGUUCCUAGCUGUACCCCAGCUGCAGCUCCAGCCUCUACCCCAGCACAGAAAGCUGUCCCAGGGAAGCCCCGGGGAGAAGGCACAGAGCCUAGGGGAGCUCGCGCUGGACCCCAGGAGCUUGGCAAGAUCCUGCAGGGGGUGGUGGUGGUGCUCAGUGGCUUCCAGAACCCCUUCCGUUCAGAGCUCCGGGACAAGGCCCUGGAGCUGGGGGCCAAGUAUCGGCCAGACUGGACCCCCGACAGCACACACCUCAUCUGUGCCUUUGCCAACACUCCCAAGUACAGCCAGGUGCUGGGCCUCGGAGGCCGUAUUGUUCGUAAAGAGUGGGUGCUGGACUGUUACCGCAUGCGGCGCCGGCUGCCCUCCCGGAGGUACCUCAUGGCAGGCCUUGGAUCCAGCAGUGAGGACGAGGGGGACUCUCACAGUGAGAGCGGUGAAGAUGAAGCUCCCAAGCUUCCCCGGAAGCGGCCUCAGCCCAAAGCCAAGACCCAGGCAGCAGGACCCAGCUCACCCUCAAGGCCACCAACCCCAGAAGAGACCAAAGCAGCAUCACCACGACCCCAGGACAAUAGUGACACUGAUGGGGAACAGUCAGAAGGACGGGACAAUGGGGCGGAAGAUUCCGGGGACACCGAAGAUGAACUGAGGAGGGUGGCCAAGCAGAGGGAGCAAAGGCAGCCCCCAGCCCCAGAGGAGAAUGGCGAGGACCCGUAUGCAGGCUCCACAGAUGAGAACACAGACAGCGAGGCUCCCUCAGAGGCUGACCUGCCAAUUCCAGAGCUCCCAGACUUCUUCCAGGGCAAGCACUUCUUCCUGUACGGCGAGUUCCCAGGGGAUGAGAGGAGGAAGCUCAUCCGAUAUGUGACAGCUUUCAAUGGUGAGCUCGAGGACUACAUGAGCGAACGGGUCCAGUUUGUCAUCACGGCCCAGGAGUGGGAUCCCAACUUUGAGGAGGCCCUGAUGGAAAAUCCUUCCCUGGCCUUCGUCCGGCCCCGCUGGAUCUACAGUUGUAAUGAGAAGCAGAAGUUACUCCCCCACCAGCUCUAUGGGGUGGUGCCCCAGGCCUGAAUGUACACCUGUGUGCAUGCAUACACAUGUGCACAUGUAUGCACAGGCCUGGGUGCACAUGUGUGCACACAGAUGAGUUUAAUAAAGGAGACUUUGUUUGAA